AUGGCCUCCAUAUUCACAUUUGAUCCGGAUCCGCCCCGGGUAGCAUCCCCGUGGGCGGCGGCCACACCACCACCGGAAGGGUCCGCGAAACCUCCAGUCCCGCAAGACCCAAAGUCGGCAGCGCCGCUGAGUAGCGCUAGGGAAGGGCACCGAGCGCUUGAGAACUUGGAAAUGUCCAUAGUCGAUUACAGCACCAUCACCAGACUAGAGGCUGAGCCUCAGGAGGGCCCCACUGAAUAUAAGCUUCAUUUGCUGCUCCGCAAGCGAAGAUCCUUCACGCGCAGCAGCACCAGGCGCCAUAUUUCUGGAUCUUUGAGGCGCGUAGAUGCUUCUAUGCCAGCUCCUGUCGGCCGCAGCGUCUCGGACUCUGGCAUACUAUCCACUACUCCCCCUCCCGCGAGCUCGAUCCAAUCCCGACAACAUCGACUGGAACAAUUAACUACUCAGUUGCUGUGGCGACUUCAGCAGUCAUGCCCGUACCAUACAUCUUCUUCAACGGCUACCGUUGUUCCCCAUUUUCCAGACGAGACGCAGGUUACUGCUCCUGUCAUGCCCCAGCGGCUUUAUCCCGGGUUGGAGGAGACUAAAGGAGCGCUGUACGAGAUCGGCGUUGCAGAUGAUGGCGAGCUCGUUGGUCUUGCCGAAGACGAAAUGGAGGAAUCUUUGAACAACCUGCGGGCAAUGGCUGCUAGCCUGGGCUGUCAAGUCGAGGUGCAGCGCAUGGUACCAGUUGGCGAAUGCGAGUGGGUUGAAAAUAUCGGCGGGCUGCAACCCAAUAUCCAGAAGUCAAAGUUAUGGGCUGCCGAAGCUUUCGUUCGCCCAGAUCAACAUCUCGUUGAGCAGGACCAGUCACCGCUCAGCCAACAGGGGCCAGCGGGUACUGUCGCAGGCACACCCCAUACCGAGCCUGGAAUGAGUGAUUCGCAAGAGAGAACCCAACAACUUCGCGUGUCACUCACCGGUGCCACCAUGUCUGGAAAGACGAGUCUACUUGGCACACUUUCUACGGGGACGCGGGACAAUGGACGAGGAAAGAGUCGGCUCAGCCUUCUGAAGCAUAGGCACGAGAUUGAAUCAGGGAUUACCAGCUCCAUUACCCAGGAGUUGAUCGGCUAUCGCGAUGCUUUCGAUAAAGAUGGAGAAAGGACCUCAACCCAUGUAAUCAGCUAUGGCUCCGGAGACGUCUCAUCAUGGGUUGAUAUUCACGCAUCUGUAGAUUCAGCAACAGCCGGAAGGCUAGCGUUUCUCUCCGAUUCUGCAGGCCAUCCGCGCUUCCGCCGUACUACUGUCCGAGGCCUCAUUGGGUGGGAUCCGCACUUCACCUUGCUCUGUAUACCUGCCGAUAAUGCAGAAGACUCAUCUGGAAAAGUCGGUGCAUCGCCAACUACGCAAGAGAUAUUAGGCACCAGCGCGGCAGACUUGGAUCUCUCCCAUGAACACCUCCAGCUCUGCCUAACUCUCGAACUCCCACUCGUGGUUGUAAUCACUAAAUAUGAUCUGGCUACUAAAGCAGGGCUCAAAGCUGUCGUGUCGAGGGUUCUCUCUGCACUCAAAGAUUCUAGCAGGAGGGGGUGCAUUAUCGCUGACCCACCUACAUCUUCGGUUGGGGUCGACCUCACCACGAUUCCUUCUAAACAUCUUUUGGAGGCUGACAGUACCCUGCAAGCUUUGGAGUCUUCGCCUCUUGCAGUCGUUCCUAUCAUUCUCACGAGUGCAGUCAGUGGAAACGGUUUGAGCAAGCUUCAUGCUUUCCUGAGAGAACUGCCUGUGCCUGCACCUCCUAUGCCGCCGCCAGACUCUCCUAAAACAUUGUUCAACGUGGAGGAUGUGUACACCAACAGUCCUGCUCGUACAAAGCCUUCGGACCCGGUGAUCAUCGGUGGGCAUCUUCGCUAUGGAACGCUAAGUAUCGGCGAUGAAAUCUUCCUUGGGCCAUAUCCGGGAGAUACAAGUUCAGAUGACAGCGACGGCGGAAGCGGGAGACCAUCAGCCCGUAACUCCCCGGUGCCAGCAUCUAGGUCAUUCCCUGGCGCCUUGAACAGACGACCUUCGAACUCGCCACUACACAUGGGUUCCGCAUCAUUGACGGAAUGGCGCCGCGUGCGGGUCACCUCGCUCCGGAAUCUUAGGCUUGGGGUGCGAACAUUGCAGGCUGGUCAAGUUGGAACCGUCGGGAUUGUCCCGGUCAACGGACCCAUCAGGACCCCAGCAAUCAACAGGAUACGGAAAGGGAUGGUGUUGGCAAAUGCCGAGCCUAAAGCCCAUAGACUGGUCACUGUUCGCUUUGCGGGAGCCAGCGCGCAAGCCGUCAAGAGCUUGACUAUCGGAAGCGCCGUAGUCGUCUACUUUAACAGCGUACGAGCUUCUUCCAAAGUGGUCUCGGUUGCACCAGCACUGGAUGCUAAGGACGGGAGUGCAGUGACCAGCCAUAAUCUGGCGGACGGGGACGAGGAUGAAGGGGAAGGAUUUGGCUUCGGAUUUGACGAAGAGCCUACUGACGAUCCUUCAGUUGGCGGUAACCAUGGGACCGCAACAGACGUCACGUUCCAGUUCAUCGCUUCCCGAGAGUUCGUCGAGACGGAUGCGAAGGUGCUAGUGAUGCCUGGCGGUGGACCGGGGCUCACUGGAAGCACCGAGAGGGGUGAGAAAGGUGUUGCUGGGUUGGAAGGUUUCGUUGGCAGGGUGGUUGAAUGCGAUGUGUGA